ACGUCACACAAAACACGUGUGUUCUGGAGACGCACGUUAGAGCUGAAAUAUAUCUGCUCUGUUUAUUUGCAGCAGUUUUUAUAUUAAGUUUUGCCGAGGGACAAAAAGCAGACACCGCUGCCAUGGGCGGAUUACAAAAGAAGAAGUAUGAGAGCGGAUCAGCCACUAACUACAUCACCAGGAAUAAAGCUCGUAAGAAGCUGAGUCUGAGUCUGGCUGAUUUCAGGCGGUUAUGCAUAUUGAAAGGAAUUUAUCCUCAUGAGCCCAAACACAAAAAGAAGGUCAACAAGGGCUCGACGGCUGCUAGAACUUACUAUCUGCUGAAAGACAUCCGCUUCCUGCUGCAUGAACCCAUCGUUGGCAAAUUCAGAGAGUAUAAGAUCUUUGUCCGGAAGCUGCGGAAAGCAUAUGGGAAGGCUGAGUGGAGCGCAGUGGAGAGACUGAAAGAAAAUAAGCCUGGCUACAAACUGGACCACAUCAUCAAGGAGAGGUAUCCCACAUUCAUUGAUGCUCUCCGAGAUGUGGACGAUGCCCUUUCUAUGUGUUUUCUGUUCUCUACAUUCGCUCGUACAGGAAAAUGCCACGUUCAGACAAUUCAGCUGUGCCGGAGACUCAGUGUUGAGUGGAUGAACUACAUCAUCUCCUCACGCUCCCUAAGAAAGGUUUUUCUUUCUAUUAAGGGUAUUUACUAUCAGGCAGAGGUUCUGGGACAGACCGUCACAUGGAUCGUACCAUAUCAGUUUGCCCAUAAUCACCCUACAGAUGUGGACUACAGAGUUAUGGCCACAUUCACAGAGCUCUACACAACGCUGCUCGGUUUUGUCAACUUCCGUCUUUACCAGACUCUCAACCUUGUCUACCCGCCCAAGCUUGAUGGACAAGGAGAGAUGAGUCUCAAAGCAGAGUUUGAAGAAGAUUACGCCCUGGAAUCAGAAAGCUACACUGAGAAACUGUCAGCGUUGAGUGCCAGUCUGGCUCGUAUGGUGGCAUCCGUGGAGGAGGAGGAGGCAGAGCUGGACCACUUUCCUACUGAAGGGGAGGAUCAGGAGAAAAUGGAGGUGAGGGAGAAGAUGGAGCAGCAGCAGAGCAAACAGAAGAAACUCUUCGAAGGCCUCAAGUUUUUCCUAAACAGAGAAGUUCCCAGGGAAUCGCUGGCGUUUGUGAUCAGGUGUUUUGGUGGAGAGGUGUCUUGGGAUAAAUCCCUGUGCAUCGGCAGCACAUAUGAAGCCACAGAUGAAACCAUCACGCAUCACAUUGUGGACAGACCCAGCAUGGACAAACAGUAUAUCAACAGAUACUACAUUCAGCCCCAGUGGGUGUAUGACUCUGUCAAUGCUAAAAUACAGUUACCUGUAGAGGAGUAUUUUCUGGGAGUCACACUGCCGCCUCAUCUGUCUCCGUUUGUGGAGGAGACUGAAGGAGAUUAUGUGCCACCGGAGAAACUCAAGCUCAUGGCCCUGCAGAGAGGAGAGAAACCACAAGCGGAAGAAGACGAGGAAGAGGAAGGAGAUGAAGAAGAGGAGGAUGAAGAAGAUGAAGAGGAAGAUGAGCAGAGCGAGAAUGAGGAGGAGGCAGAAGAUGAAGCAAAUCUAGCUGAAAUGGAGGAGAAGAGAUCUCAGGGAAAGAGCCUCUCAGUAAAGGUGACCCCUGGUAAAGCUAAAGCAGAGAACCGUGUGAGAGCAGCAGAGGAGGAGAAAGCAGAAGAGAAGAGACUGGCCAUUAUGAUGAUGAAGAAGAAAGAGAAAUAUCUCUAUGACAAGAUCAUGUUCGGCAAGAAGAGAAAAGUCAGAGAGGCUAACAAACUGGCUGCCAAGAGGAAAGCUCACGAUGACGCCAGCAAAGCAGACAAGAAGAAGAAGAAGAAGUGCUAAAGGACUUAUUUUUAUAUGUAAUAAAUGUGCUUUUUCUCAGUCAAGAGAUUUGAGCAGUGUUUGUUAUUUCAGCUCACAAUUUCAUCAUAUGAAGGGACAGUUCACCCAAAAAUGAACAUUUCCUGAUUGUUUAUUUGCACUCAAGUGGUUCAAAGUUUUAUGAGUUUUAUCGAUCUGUUGAACACAAAAGAAGAUAUUUUGAAGAAUGUUGGGAAAAAAGCAGCCAUUGACAUCUAUAUAGUGGGAACUAAAAAUACUGGAAGUCAAUCGCUCAUUCGCUCCACAUUCUUCACAAUAUCUUCUUUUGUGGAGAGAAACUCAAACAGGUUUGGAACUAGUGAGGGGUGAGUGAAUGAUGAAAAAAUUUUCAUUUUUGAGUGACUGUCUGUUUAAUGGAGAUUAUCGACGAUUCAGUGACUAUCAGGCUUUCAUGCUGUGUUUCUUGCCUUGUUAUCGUGUCAGUCUUACCUUUGACACAUUUCUAAUUAAAAAAAGAUGAUGAUUACUGUUAA